UGCUCAUUAGUGCAGUCAGCUCCUGUGUUGAAAGACUGAAGGGGACUUUUUCUUUACAAGGAUACAAGGAUUCUUUCUCUAACCCAAAACAAUUCCCACCAACAUGACCUCUAAUUCCAAUUUAUCCAACAUGCGACGGCUGGUAGAACAACUGAAGCUCGAGGCCAGCGUGGAGAGAAUCAAGGUGUCCCAGGCGGCUGCAGAGCUCCAGCAGUACUGUCUGCAGAACGCAGGUAAAGAUGCGCUGCUGGUCGGAGUACCCACAGGCAGCAACCCCUUCAGAGAGCCACGCUCCUGUGCUGUAGUGUGAAGAGGAGGAAGGAGUAGAAACAACUGUGGCAUCUCACUCACAGAAGACAAUCAUUCCAUUUUGUCUGUAUCCAUUUUUUAAAUAGAAAAGCACAUAAAAAAUUUGCUUUCACAAUUCAUUUUUCAAAUAAACGUCUUGUUUUUCUACAUGGCCAUACAAUUUGCUUUUUUUAAAAACAUUAUUAAAAGGCUUUACAGAAA